AUGGAGCCGGGAGAGGGGAACGCUCAGCAGAUAAGGCAAGUGCUGCUUUUCUUUGUUUUCCUGGGAGGGUCUUUGGUGUGUUCUGAGACCUGGAGCUAUUCUGUGGCAGAGGAAACUGAGAUCGGCUCCUUUAUAGGCAACGUGGUGAAAGACAUGGGUUUGGGUGUGGAAGACCUGGCUGUGCGGGGGGCCAGAGUCAUCUUCGACGACUAUAAGCCAUAUUUGCAGUUGGAUAUGGAGACUGGCAACUUGCUCUUAAAUGAACAACUAGAUCGGGAGGCACUUUGCGAUUUCACUGAGCCGUGUAUAUUGUAUUUCCAGGUGUUAUUUGAAAAUCCUUUGCAAUUUUUUCGGGCUAAGCUUUCAGUCACAGACAUAAAUGACCACACUCCCACGUUCCUAGAUAAACAUAUACUUCUAAAAGUCUCAGAAGGUACUACUCCGGGAACCUCAUUCCAAAUGGAUAGUGCUCAGGACUUGGAUGUAGGAAAGAAUGGUGUCCAAAACUAUACAAUAAGCCCUAACCCCCAUUUCCACCUUAAAUUGCAAGACACUGAUGAAGGCAGAAAAUACCCAGAGCUGGUCCUGGACCAAUCUCUGGAUAGAGAAAAGGAGCCUGAGCUUAGUUUAACACUAACAGCCUUGGAUGGCGGAUCUCCACCCAGAUCCGGCACGACACUGAUUCGCGUUGUGGUCCUGGAUAUCAAUGACAACGCCCCCAAGUUUGAGAGGCCAGUCUAUGAGGUUCAGGUACCAGAAAACAGCCCUGUGGACUCCUUAGUCAUCAAGGUGUCCGCUACAGAUUUAGAUGCAGGAAUAAAUGGAGAACUACUUUAUUCAUUUUUCCACGUCUCUAGAGACGUGCGGGAAACAUUUGAAAUCCAUCCAAUUUCUGGUGAAGUCCAUUUAAAAGCACUUCUAGAUUUUGAGAUAAUUCAGUCUUAUGCAAUAAGUAUUCAGGCCAUUGACGGUGGGAGCCUUUCUGGAAAAUCGGCCAUUUUAGUUCGGGUUGUAGAUGUGAAUGACAACCCACCGGAAAUAGUCGUGACAUCUAUUACCAGCCCAAUACCGGAAAACUCUUCGCCUGAGAUGGUGGUCGCUGUUUUCAGUGUAAGAGACCAAGACUCUGGAAACAACGGGAAAAUGGUUUGUUCAAUUCAGGACAACCACCCCUUUCUCUUGAAGCCUACCUUCAAGAACUUUUAUACCCUAAUAACAGAGAGUGCACUAGACAGAGAAGCAAGAGCCGAGUACAACAUCACCAUCACCGUCACCGACUUGGGGACGCCCAGGCUCAAAACCGAGCACAGCAUAACCGUGCAGGUCUCCGACGUCAACGACAACGCCCCUGCCUUCACACAAAGCUCCUACACCCUGUUCGUCCGCGAGAACAACAGCCCCGCCCUGCACAUCGGCAGCGUCAGCGCCACAGACAGAGACUCGGGCACCAACGCCCAGGUCACCUACUCGCUGCUGCCGACCCACGACCCGCACCUGGCCCUCGCCUCCCUGGUGUCCAUCAACGCGGACAGCGGACACCUGUUCGCCCUGCGGUCGCUGGACUACGAGGCCCUGCGGGCGUUCGAGUUCCGCGUGGGCGCGGCAGACAGAGGCUCCCCCGCGCUGAGCAGCGACGCGCUGGUGCGCGUGGUGCUGGUGGACGACAACGACAACGCGCCCUUCGUGCUGUACCCGCUGCAGAACGGCUCUGCGCCCUGCACCGAGCUGCUGCCCAGGCAGGCCGAGGCGGGCUCCCUGGUGACCAAGGUGGUGGCGGUGGACGGCGACUCGGGCCAGAACGCCUGGCUGUCGUACCAGCUGCUCAAGGCCACGGAGCCCGGGCUGUUCGGCGUGUGGGCGCACAACGGCGAGGUGCGCACGGCCCGGCUGCUGAGCGAGCGCGACGCGGCCAGGCACAGACUGCUGGUGCUGGUCAAGGACAAUGGCGAGCCGCCGCUGUCGGCCACCGUCACGCUGCACGUGCUGCUGGUGGACGGCUUCUCCCAGCCCUACCUGCCGCUGCCGGAAGCGGCGCCGGAGCGGGCGCAGGCCGACUCGCUCACCGUCUACUUGGUCAUCGCGCUGGCCUCGGUCACCUCGCUCUUCCUGUUCUCGGUGCUCCUGUUGGUGGCGGUGCGGCUGUGCAGGAGGCGCAGGGCGGCCUCGGAGGGCCGCUGCUCGGUGCCUGGGGGCCGCUUUCCGGGCCACCUGGUGGACGUCAGCGGUACGGGGACCCUGUCCCAGAGCUACCAGUAUGAGGUGUGUCUGAUGGGAGGCUCAGGGACCAGCGAGUUCAAGUUCCUGAAGCCGAUUAUCCCCAGCCUCCCGCCCCUGAGCGCUGAAAUAGAGAAAGCCUCACCUUUCUGA